GGGUUUCUGGCCUCUGUUAAGGCCUAAGGGGUUUAAGCUCUCUGUAAACCGAAGCGCGCUAUUUCGAAAUUCCGUCCCUUCUCUCUCUUCUGCAACCCUCGGCAGAAAGCGAGAAUAGAAGAAGGGAUAGUGUAGUGAAUCCAUGAAUUUCAGGUUCCAGAAUCUCCUCGGAGCUCCCUACCGAGGGGGAAACGCCGUCAUCUCCGAGAACACCACGCUCCUAUCCCCCGUUGGCAACAGAGUCUCCGUUACCGACCUCGCGAAGUCGCAGAGUUGGACUCUCCCCUGUGAGAGCUCGAAGAAUGUUUCUCGGAUAGCCGUCUCGCCUGACGGCAACUUCCUGCUCACUGUAGAUGAGAAUUCUCGUGGCCUGUUCAUUAACCUCCGGCGCCGGGUCAUCCUCCACCGGAUCACGUUCAAGCACCCGGUCACCGCCCUGAAGUUCAGUCCGAAUGGAGAUAUGAUCGCUGUGGCGGUCGGGAAAUUGAUACAGAUAUGGAGGUGUCCCGCAUUCCGGACGGAGGUCUUCCCGUUCCAAUUGAUCAGGACGAUAUCGGCGUUUGAUGGUGACGUUGUUGCCGUCGAUUGGAGCUCUGACUCGCAAUGGAUACUUGCAGGAUCGAAGGAUCUAACGGCACGGCUCUGUUGCUUGCGCAAGGGCUUGGUGCCGAGGCCCUUUCUGUUCCUAGGGCACAGGGACGUGGUUGUUGGGGUAUUCUUUGGUGGUUCUGGUUCUAGAGCUUACACAAUCUCGAAGGAUGGUGCAGUUUUCACUUGGAAUUUUGAAAUUUCAGAGGAGUUUAACACCAUUUCGAACGAGAACAAUGGGGAUUUUCAUCGGAAAAGGAAGUCUGGGGAUGCGGCAGAUGAAGGAGUCAAGGUUUUGGCAGGGGACGAGUCUCUAAAUGGUAUGACAGAAUCACCAGAACCUGGUCCUUCACCUACCGAUGUUGAAACGCAGGAAGAGAAGCACUCUGCAGAGGAGUCAGGCGAACGAAAGGAAGACUUGUUUCCGUUUCAUAAGGGGCAGUGGAAAUUGGCAAAGAAGGAUUACUGCAUGCAGGCACCCGCAAAAGUAUCCACUUGCGAUUAUCACCGGGGUCUUGAUUUGGUGGUUAUUGGGUUCUCAUCAGGGGUUUUUGGGCUCUACCAGAUGCCGGAUUUCGUGUGUAUUCAUUUGCUUUCGAUCUCCAGGCGGAAGAUAACAACUGCAUCUUUUAACGAUCAGGGAAACUGGUUGGUAUUUGGUUGCGCAAAGCUAGGACAGCUUCUUGUUUGGGAAUGGCGGUCAGAGACGUACAUACUGAAGCAGCAAGGCCAUUAUUUUGACGUCAAUUGUUUAGCUUAUUCGCCUGAUUCACAACUGUUAGCUAGCGGAGCAGACGAUAACAAAAUCAAGGUGUGGACUGUUUCUUCUGGAUUUUGCUUCGUGACAUUUUCUGAGCAUACAAAUGCAGUGACUGCUCUACAUUUCACGGCCAAUAACAACUGCCUUCUCAGUGCAUCUCUUGAUGGUACUGUUCGUGCAUGGGAUUUGUUUCGCUAUCGGAACUUUAGGACAUUUACCAGUCCCUCCUCCAGGCAAUUUGUUUCCCUAGCAUCAGACCAGAGUGGUGAAGUAAUUUGUGCUGGAACAUUAGAUUCAUUUGAGAUAUUCGUAUGGUCAAUGAAAACUGGCCGUCUACUGGAUGUUCUUAGUGGCCAUGAAGGACCAGUUCACGGGUUGAUGUUUUCACCAAUAAAUGCAAUUUUAGCUUCAUCUUCUUGGGACAAGACUGUCCGGUUAUGGGAUGUGUUUGAAGGAAAAGGUUCUGUAGAGACCUUUGUCCACACACAUGAUGUUCUUACAGUCGUUUAUCGCCCUGAUGGGAAGCAGCUAGCAUCAAGCACUUUGGAUGGUCAAAUAUAUUUUUGGGAUCCUAUUGAUUGCCAGUUAAUGUGCACAAUUGAGGGCCGUAGGGAUAUUGCAGGUGGUCGUCUCAUGACUGAUCGAAGGACAGCAAGUUCGUCAAGUUCUGGAAAGUAUUUUACAAGCUUGUGCUACUCUGCUGAUGGCAACUACAUCUUAGCUGGUGGAAAUAGCAAGUACAUAUGCAUGUACGACAUUACAGAUCAGGUGUUGUUACGUAGGUUUCAAACUACACAUAAUCUUUCUUUGGAUGGAAUUCUGGACCUUCUGAACUCAAAAAAGAUGACAGAUGCAGGAGCACUUGAUCUGAUUGAUGAUGAGGACAGUGAUGUUGAGGUAGGCGUUGAUCAGCAAACAAGGGGUAAGCUCGGUUAUGGUCUGCCUGGGUCUUUGCCCAACCAGGGACGUCCUGUUAUCAAAACAAAAUGCUUGAGAAUUGCUCCAACUGGGAGGUCUUGGGCAGCAGCAACAACUGAAGGUGUUUUAUUGUACUCUAUUGAUGAAAGCUUCGUAUUUGAUCCAACUGAUCUUGACAUUGACAUCACACCAUCGGCUGCCGAGGAGGCACUCAAAGCAAGGCAAAACCUAAGGGCAUUGGUGAUCAGUGUAAGACUGAAUGAAGAUACCCUAAUCAAGAAAUGCAUUCUUGCUGUGGAUCCAUCAGAUGUCUCUGCAAUUGCAGCAUCUAUCCCCUUUAAGUAUAUUCAGAGGUUGCUAGAGGCUAUUGCUGAGCUUCUGGAGAACUCUCCUCAUCUGGAGUUCCUUCUCAGGUGGUGCCAGGAGCUCUGUAAAGCGCAUGGUAACUCGAUUCAACAGAAUUCUAGGACCCUUCUUCCAAGUUUAAGAUCCUUGCAGAAGGCUAUCACCCGACUACACCAAGAUCUUGCUGAUAUGUGCUCCUCCAAUGGGUAUUUGCUUCAAUAUUUAUGCUCAACUCGUUCUGUUAAGUGAAGGUAGAACGUUCUGAUCUUACUGGGGUCAAAAUUAUAAACGAAAAUCCUGUCAAAGCUUCUGUAUUUUGCUUUGCAAAUCCUGUCAGAGAGUUUCGUCCUAGAUUACAGUCUGGAAAGAGGAGCGGAGACAUUAGUUCACUUGGCUUCCUUUUGGUGGAGGUUUGUCCACGCACGCAGGUGAUUUUGUAUCGGCCGCACCAACGACAAUCUUUUUUGAAGUUGGAACUUUGGAAACUUGUUCGAGUUACUCCCAUCGUGGGCAACACUAAUGCUUAUCGUUGUCUCUCAUCUGGGGACUAAAUUACGCAUUCAACACCCAGCAGAAUGAAGCAUGCAUCUCUUCCUCAUAUUUCGAGCUCUCUGAAACUCGAUUGCCAGUUCUGUACUCCUUGCGCACCUUCAUUUUCUCUCUGGCUUGGGGCCUUUGGGAUGAUUUUCCGCCCUGUUCUGACAUCGUAUCUCUUGGUGUUGCUGAGAUUGUUCCAUUAUUUUAUUCUUUUGGAAAGCGUGUGCAAUUGAAAGUUUUGCAUUAUUUAUGUAAUGCAGUUCUGGCUCUUACUAUGGUCGAUGGAAGAAUGAUAUAUCUAGUGUAACUGAUGUACUGACGCACACGCACUGGAGCUAGCUGAAUACUCCGAGGGUUGUUUAUGAAGAGGACAGCUCCAUUUAUCAAACUAA